AUGGACUGAAGCGACAAAGCAAUCAGCAGGGAAAGAAGCAGGAUUUGGCUUUAUAGUGUCUGUACAGAGUCCAUCUGUGACGACCCCCCAGUUACUCCCAACGUACCUCCUCUUUUCCUGGCUUCAACCCCCACCACCCCUCUCUGUUGUCGACAGAGAGACUAUCAGGAAAGUGUCGCACUUCCUCUGCAGAGCUCUCGCUCCACAGCUGGUGUCAGCUCCUCUGCCCUCCCUUUUGAUGCCGUACCUGUAUUAUUCCCUCGAAUCAUCUUGUCUCCUUUAAAAAAAAAAAAAAAGUUGCUACUGACACCUGCUGGCUCACGAGGGGGAGAAAAUACCACAGUACAGUACUUGGAGUAUUUAACCAGGUAUCUCUGCGUUUAUUCAUUUCAUGCAAAAUUAUACUUAUAUGAGAGCGAUCUUGAAAUUCACUUCAAGUCAAACUUUAAAAAUCAUACCCAUAUGAAAAUGUUAAAGAUUUCAAGAUAUCACAGGGGUGAGAGGUUUUAAAAAAAACAAAGUUGACUUUACUUUGUCUUAAUUUGUUCCGCAAAAUGUACAUGUGUUAUUUUCUGUGGGGGGGUGUUUAAUGUCUGUUUGUAUUGUCUGUGGUCUUUAUGGAAGGAAUUCAGUUCCAUGUACUGGUCUGAUUUUGCAAGCCAAACAUGUUUGUCUGUGCUCUUCUUUUAAGAGUGUUGUUUGAAAACUUUUUUCUACGACAGGAAUUCCCACCCUCAUGGCAGCCAUUAUAAUCCCAUCAUGCAGCAGCCAGCCUUGUUGGCUGGCCACGUCACUCUCCCAUCCAACCAGACGCUCAAUGUUGGAGUGGCACAUGUUAUGAGGCAACCCUCGUCCAAUAAUAACUCCUCUUCCAAAAAGAACAAACAGCACCAGAAUUCUGCCAGGAACACUUCAGCCUAUGAAGUAUCGUCCACUCAAGCAAUGCUGUCGCCACAGCGUUCCAAAAGGGUGAAGGAGAACACGCCCCCACGGUGCGCUGUGCUCCAGAGCAGCUCGGCCUCCAUUUGCCCUCUACCGCAGGGCUGUGGGGGAGGGGCCUGGGGGACUAUUGAGGCCGAGCAGGCUUCCAGCACCACCCGCAACUAUCCAAACCAGCAGCACGUUCCCAGACAGACCAUCAUCAUCCCCGACACACCCAGCCCUGCGGUCAGCAUCAUCACCAUCAGUAGUGACACAGAUGAGGAAGAUGACCGCAAACAUAAUCAUGGUGCAUCGUCGAAGCAAAGGAAGAAUGUGAUCAGCUGUGUGACCGUCCACGAUUCACCGGAUACUGACUGUUCCAGCAACAACAGCCCUUACACUGUGGAGUCUAGAACCGCCAAUAACAACAACAACUACGACACAAAGACCACCAUACUGGACAACUAUAACAAUGGCAACCCACGCACAAUCAUCAUCCCCCCUCUUAAAACUCAAACCAGCGAGGUUGUGAAUGAGUGUGAACGCUUGAUGCCAGAUACAGUGAAUCAUCAGAAUUCCGCUUACAAGUUCAAGUUCUCUAAUGGAAUGGUUUCGGGCAACAUUCAUAUCCCAGGUGGUAUGACUGCAUCAUAUAGACAGCAGCGCUCAGGGCCACACCCCCUCCAGCAGCAGCCUCUUAAUCUCAGCCAGGCCCAGCAGCACAUGGUAGCAGACCGAAAUGGAGGUCAUCGCCGCCAGCAGGCCUACAUUGCUCCCACCAUUGCCACUCAGGCCCCAUACUCCUUCCAUCACAAUAGCCCCUCCCACACAGGCAACAUGCACCCCCACUUGGCUGCCACGCACCUCUCCAGCCAGCCUCACCUCUACACCUAUACGGCACCCGCCGCUCUGGGCUCCAGCGGCACAGUGGCUCACCUGGUGGCGUCACAGGGCUCGGCUCGCCACACAGUCCAGCAUGCGAGCUACCCACCAAGCAUUGUCCACCAGGUUCCAGUCAGCAUGGGCCACCGCGUACUGCCCUCGCCCAACCUGCACCACAGUCAGUACCAGGCCCAGUUUGCCCAGCAGGCCUACAUCAGCGCGUCGCCUGCCUCCACCGUCUACACUGGAUACCCACUGAGCCCCACGAAGGUCACCCAGUACCCUUACCUCUAGAGAAGACACUGGAGAGGCUCACCUGGCACUGCUGCUUCCACACACCAACCACCCUUCGUCCCAUCAACACUCUCCAUAUACCCUCAGCCCCACUUGUGAACAGAGACAGAGGACUUUGCAAUCCUCAUCCAAUUGCCCCAUAUGACUUGAAGAUAUGACGGAGCAAAAGAAGGGAAAAAAAAAAGAUUGACAGUCGUUCUCUGAGGGAAAGACAGGAGUUAGAUUAGAGUGUUCCCAUUUCAAGGUGAUUUCUUUUGAUUUUUUUUCUCUGAAAAGGGCCAGCUUAGCUUUUCUUUGAUUUCUGUUUGCUUUAUUUUAUGUGGAAAAUAGUGUAUCGUUAGUGUUACAGGGAGGUUUUAAAUGUUUUGGGACAGUUGAGGAUUUCACAUUUGGGUUUUUUUCUCUUUUAUUUGCCCAUCUUAACUGUGGGAAGGGACUGCUGAACAGGGGUUACAGACUGGAAGUUUGUAAUCCCAAGAUAAUUGGGAGAAGGUGAAAUACGGAAACCUGCUGCUCUUCAAAGAUAAAAAAAAAAUAGAUAUAUCUAGAUAUAUAUAUUGAUGGCCUUGAACUGUCUUAAUAUUUCCACACUUUUGGUGUUGAGAGAAAAGAGAGGCGACUUACUCCACUCCACCUCCCCAAGCCGGAGGCUUCUGGAAAUAUAACCAACAGAAGACAACAAACUUUUCUAAUGUAUUUAUAGGUCGAUUUCUUUUGUGUUUCUCAAAACUUCAGUUUUAGCUAGAGGUGUCUUAGCUGGGCCCCAUUCAUAGAAUGUAGCAGUCUGCACCCAUUUGUUUCAAGAACUUUCAAGAAACACUCUUUCCUCAAACCUAUAGAUUAAUUUGUUCCUCUUUUAUAAUGUGAUUGCACAAACUGGUUAACAUUAUAACAUAGGCAUGUACAAUGUGAUUGUGUGUGUAUGUGUGUGUGCGCGUGUGUGCGUGUGUGUUUGUGCUCCUGUCAGCCAUGUGUGUAGUCAACCUCCUUUAAGUUUUGUUCCCUCGUAGUGCCUUACAGAUGUAACAACACCGUUUACUCCACUUGGUAAGCCACGCAACACAAAAGCAAAGAGUUGUGUUGUCCUGCUUUGAAAGGCUUGUCGAUGGGACACAGUAGCUCUCUUCCAGGUGUAGGCUUUGCUCCCACUGCGUCUGCGUGGUCCUUAAAGACAGCAUACCUAAGAUGAGGAGGUUUCAUGUCAUCGGGUUGAUGGAGCUCAGCUCUUUUAUUAUGUGUGCAUGAGAUAACUUGCCAGGGUACUUACCAAAGUCAUUGAUAUUCAUGCUCUUUCUUCUUCCAGCAUCUCUCUGAAUUAAAAUGCAAAUAAUGUAUGUGGUGUAGAUGUAACAGCGUGUUCUCAAAAGAAUUUAGUUGGUUGUGUAUAAUCAAACAUCUCUGCGAAGUAGUUCAUUGAAACUGGAAAAAAACAAGUUGAUAUAUUUAUUCUAUUAGUUCCUCCAAGCCCUGCCGCCUGGCCAAAUUUUGCGUGAAAAAAAAAAUAAAAAUUUUGUUGAGUGUGUAUCUUUUAGCUGGAAAUGACACAAGGCAGUUGCAUAAGAACAUUGUUAUUAAUUAGGAAUAGUCUCCAUUUGCAGGGAUUUUUGUAUAUCCCAAAUUAUUCUGAACAAUUCUGAGGAACCGCAUCUUUUGCACCAUUCCUCGGAAUCUUGGUACGUUCUUACAUUACCGAGGAUAUAAUCAUUCGGAUGAACUCUAAAUUUCAUGCAUUGAUAUGCUCUUGUGUUUUUCUUGUUUUUACCCUGGAUAAAUUUUCAUAAUUAAUCUUUUAGGAACCAUUGUCAGGGUUUUGAGUGUUUUUUUAAAAUAAUCUAUUUUAUUUUUUGUUUUGUUUUGUUUCUACAAUUUUCAUCACAGCAGUUUUUAGUCUUUUUUUCUUUUCUUGUAUUUCCAGCCAAAAGACUUCCAUUCAGUGUGCCAUUGUUGUGGCAAAAUAUAGUUUGUUGUGUUUGUGUGCAGCAAUAUGUAUAAUAUUUUUUCCAAAAUGAAUCACUGCAAGGGAUUAGUAGUCUACUUCAUGGUUUUGUAUGCCUUCAUGUAAACGUGAUCUCAUGUGGCACCUAAAAUGUGCUUAAUUCUUCUUUUAAUUCACACAGGAGUAUUCAUAAUGAUUCUUCUCAUUCUUCUCUUCGCUUAAUAGGUCAGAGUUAAGACGCGAGAGGUCGCUCUGCGUUUUUAAAGCUAGCCCGAGAGGGGCCUGACAGAAAGUGAUUGUGCCAUGGUUGUGAGGCGGGAUUUUGCAGGGCGAGAGAUAAACUAGUCUCAGCUGCAGCCAAAAGAUGAAGUAUGGAAGGGUACUGCAUAGACACGAGCGAAGGGUUGGGGUGGGGGCGAGAGUCGCUAGCUAUAAAGCACUGUUUCUGUUUGGAUAGAGUGAGGGCGACUCUAUCUUUGGAACUGUACAAUGAUAACAAGUUGGCACUGAGCAGGUUGAUAGAAACACUGAGGCCGAGUAGUUGGUAGGAGCCUUCACUCGAUUACGGUACUCACGUUUAAAGCUAGAUGGGUCCUUUUACUACUGUCAGUUACGUUUUCCAGCGAGAUCAAAGAACUGUUUCGUGACAAGAAAAGGGUGGCAUGCACCUGGAAGGUUAAAGUCGAAACAAGCUUAGUUCAAAGCAGGUUCACCAUCAAGCCGAAUGGGAUAAACACAUCGAGAAUCCAUAGGGCUGUCGCUUGUAUUUUCUGCUUUAUUUAACUUAUAUUUGUCAUAGCUGACGAUACAUCAAGUCCCCAGUGGCCACAUGAGAACUCCUGGUGGUUUAGUGAAAGCUUUCCUUUUCUUUUCCUUCACGCCACAGUACUUGCAUUAUAAGUGAUUUUUUUUUCAAUUUAUUUAACGAUGUUUGAAGCUUUUUUCUUAACAUGGCUGUACGUGUGUUUAUUUUGAUUAGAGAUUGUUGCAAUAAUUCUUCUUGAUGGUGGAUCAGAAUGUGUGUUUUGCUCAUUUCUAGUACCCGUAUAUUUAGUAUAUUCAGUGAAAGAGUGGGAAAUUGUGUCAAUAAUCUAAUGGGACCCUCCAGUAUAUGGGAUGUUUGUCAUUUGAGGGCCACUGUUUGGGUCAAAAGUAAACCAUUGUUCAAAGAAAUGCUUUUUUUUUUCAUCCUCGGACUUGCUUCGUCAACAUUCUCCUCAGACCCCGUUGGUUCCAGCAUGCUGGUUAUCCAUUUGUUAAUAUAUUAUGUUAUUCUCUGUUGGUUUCUUUUAGAAUAUCUACUUAUGGCCAUCUAGGCCUGAGCACACGGGCAAAAGGGAGAUCCACUGAAAUUGUUAUGAGACAGACUACUGAAACAUUCCACUGCUUGCAAAUUUAGCAUUUGUUCUGCUAGACUGCUGCCCUUCUCCAAACCCCACCACCUCCACCACAACCACCACUACCAUCAUCAUCUCACCUCUCGAGUUUCCACUGUUCAGACAUUUGCCUCUCCCACCAAAGAGAUCACAUUGACAAUGUGCAAGCACAGCCACUGCAAGACACUCACUCAGUCUUGCAAAAGCGUUAAUUUCAUGUUGAAAUGCUUUACAAGUGCUUUUAUGGACAUUUCAACUCGCCUGACACCACCCUCACAUACUCAAUGAUACACAUGAUACAUGAGUGUAGCCAUAAUUUCACAGAACAUAAUCAGAGUUGUAGAUUUUUUGUUUUGGUUUUUUAACGUAUUCCCCUUACUCAUGCCCUAUGCCCCACCCAAUAUUAAAAUGAAGUUCAUAAUUUAACCUCCAAAUUUGCCAUUUAUCGCAAAUUUUUAUACACACCAUACCAUGGAGUACAAUGGGGUUAAUCAAUUAGCUACAAAAAUGGCCAUUACCUUUAAAAGCAUGAGUACGUGCACAACAUGGAUGUGUCACAUUUGACAUCUGAAAAAGCUUUUAUGUGUCCAUUUUGCAAUAAUUAUACACCCAAUCUCCAGCAAGUGUGCAUUUGUGAGAUAUGUAAAAUAUCACUUCUAUAUUUCUAUAUUUUCUCAAGUUCUAUAGCCAGCUAAGCCAUUGUGGAAAAUAACUUGGUGUAUGACGCUGUUGUUGAUCAUUUUGUUUCACAUAACCAAUGUUUUGUGUAUUAUUAAAAAAGGAAGUGAGGGUCAGAAAUGUGAACAUCAACUUAGAUUGAGUGACCUUAUGAUUACCAAAAUGUGCUUCAGUAGAGUGCAAAUGUUUUAUAUUGUUGAGGUGAGCAUAGUCUUGAUUUGAUAAUAAUGUCUUCAAAAUAACCAACCAUACCUCCAAAGCUUUUAAGUGUCAUUUAAAUUAGAAACACUUGUAGAAGGUAGUUUUUUUUUUGGGGGGGGGGGGGGUUCUAACCUUGUCCUACUCCCAUGUCAUCUGUCAAAAAUAUUGAUUUAAAGGUCAUUUUAACACACAUUUUAAGGAUUGGCGAAAAACUGAGAAACAUUCCAGGGGGAUGGCAUACUCCAUUGUGUAACACAUCUCAUUUCAUCAGUAAAAUUGACAAAAGCUGGAAAUUCAGCAAUUUUAAGUGCCAAUGCAGGUAUUUUUUGUCACAUGAUUACAGUGUGUGAAAUUACCAAAAGAAAUUAAAACCAAUUCCAAUGUAUAAGUAUUAUAUUCCUAUUCAAAUUCAUGGGAACAGUCAGAAGAGUCCCCUUUAUUUGUUAAAUUGUGUGUUGUAUGGGUUGGUUGUAAUCUGUAAUUCAGAUUUUAAAAUUCUCGACAAUAAUAUAAUUGUAAAACCAUGUCAAGCCUACAAUUGCCCCCCCCCCCCCCCCACUCCCCUUCCCAGGCAAAGGUAAAAGUAAAACCGGCAAAGUGAAAUUUCCCACUUUUUGGGCGUUAUAUGAGAAAAUGAUGACACACCUCGAGAGCAGAGUCACACAAUUCUUCAUAAGGUACUUAAACAACAAUAUUGUCACAUUAUUAGUUUAUUUUCUGAAAGCAUCAGACUACUUUUUGUCCGGUCAAUGAAAUAAUUCUGUUUGGAAGCUCAUGUGUGCUGCAAUUUUCCUUGUACACUUCUCUUUUUAUUGUUUUUUGUUUAUUGGGAUAUGCUGUCUCUUUAUUUUUCAUUAUUACUAUUAUUAUUAUUAUUAUUACCUGUUGAUGUCGUGUUCUCGUGAAUGCCCUGCCCUCUAACCUGUUCUAAGUAUGUUAUUAGGAUGGAUACUUUAUUGGCUUUAUCGAGUGUUCAAAGGAAUAUAAUGACAAUAAGAAGGAUUCAUUUAAACACCUUAACUUGCUACUCAGCGCUUGUGUUCCUAUUAUGACAUUGUGUGCUUGUGUUAAUCAUUUUCGUUGUAGAAAAAUGGAGUGGAUUUCUAUUAGGCUUAUUGGAAACUAUAAUUGUCUUGUCAUGAAUUGACUGGAUCAUGCUAGCCAAGAAGCAGGUUGGUCGAAUAGAAGACUAGUUAUUUGAAUAUUGUCCUCUUUACUAACAGUAGGAUAGAGGGGGCGCACAAUCUGGUAACAUAGCUUGCUAUUCACUAUUGUUUUUGAUCAUUUUUUCGGUCUCGAGGUGAAUUGAGUUAUUAAUGACAUUUUGUAUGCUCACAUAUGCAUAUUGUAUAUGUGUAGAAAUGUAAUCACACUUUGUCCUGGAUUUACAAUAAACUGUUAAGUCACA